AUGGGGGACAACGAUGAAGCGUUUCAAGAAACACCGAACAGCACCAGUCUAAUAACAUCGUGCUUAGUUUCUGAAGAUUAUAAACGGAUUUUACUGCCUCUUACCUACAGCGUGGUGUUUGUAGUGGGGCUUUUACUAAACGGUGUCGUUUUGUGGAUGAUGUGCUGUCGGACAAAAUAUUGGAGCUGCUCUAUGAUUUACCUGACCAAUCUAGCAGUGGCUGACCUUCUAAACGUCCUGCCCUUACCUCUGCUCAUUGUAUACUAUUGUAUGGACGACCGGUGGAUGUUUGGUGGUGUUGCCUGCAAGUUGGUGCGUUUCUUUUUUUACGCUAGCCUGUACGCCAGCAUUUUGUUCUUGACUUGCAUUAGUGUCCACCGUUUCCUAGGGGUAUGUUACCCCAUUCGAUGUAUUGAUUACACGACCAAAAAGAUAGCGAUUCUUGGUUCAGUAAUUGCUUGGAUCUUGGUGGUGGUACAGGUCUUUCCUACUUUAAAGUUUUCCAACACUGGUUUAAUUAAUAACCAAACGGUGUGCUAUGAUUUGACCGAACCCCAUAAUUUUAAUCAAUACUUCCCCUAUGGGAUAGCUUUGAAUAUCACAGGCUUUCUAAUACCUUUUGCGAUUAUUUCCAUGUGCUCCUGUUCCAUGAUAAGGACCUUGUCAAAGUUCGAAGAAAGUAUCACGGUGGGAAAGGAGAGCCGGCGAAAAUCUAUUCGCACCAUCGUGGUGGUCUGCAUUAUCUUUGCGAUUUGUUACGUGCCAUUCCAUGUUACCCGCACCAUCUACAUGUUUGUUCGAGUCUACAUGCCUCUAAAGGACUGCAGUGUUUUGAAUUUCGUGACGAUGUCUUACAAAAUCUGGAGACCCAUUGUCAAUUUUAACAGCUGCAUCAACCCGGUUUUGUUUUUUCUGUUGACCGAUAGAAACAGAACCAGAUUUCUGGCUGAACUAGGGAAAAAUUCAGCACACCCAUCUGCCAAAUGA